GGCCCAUCAGCAGUUGAAGAAACCCUGACGAAAAACCAAAAAACGAGCCGGUUGUCGUUUGGUUUCUUAUCUUUUCUGCUUAUCCACACCUUUUUCACAUUUUUCCAUGCCCCCGACGCUCAAGCCACGUGCGAGUGCGACCUUUCCCUCGAUCUUCUUCUCCCACAUAGCACCCCGGCGUACUGCGCACCCUUGCCCACCACACACAUGUCGAUGAUAUCGAAAACCCUGACGCGCCCUUUUUGAUAAGCUGAUUCCAACUCAUUUAAUUUUUUGUUUUUUGUUCUUUUUCUUGUCCUGGGAAAUAUCUACUAAUUCAAGAAGAUGAUGGGCUCUGAGAACCAGGGCUUCGAAGAAGCUCACCUCUUCGCUUCCCGUGAAGAAAUGGAAAAUCUCGUUCUUGACGAGCCUCUCAGCAACCAUAACAACCAUCAGAACAAUAAUUCCUACUCUAGUUAUCGAAGCGCCACGUCAUCAAUCUCCGACACGACGCACCACCCGCUGUCCCCGCCGAUCCUUGCGACUCCAGCCGACUCCGAUCCCUUGCUUUCCCCUCCACUCUAUCGUAACCUUAACGCAUCUGAUAAUAACUCCUACAUCGAGCCUCCUUCCUACUCUGAUGUCAUCUUCAGUCCUUUCGAUGAGAACUCAGUCAACGAAAUCAACGGCCUCGAUUCGCCUUCUAAGAAUCCAGAAUCUUCAUUGACGCUUUCCAGAUCGCCAUCGUCCAGCUCAGAUUACGUCAAAAUUACGGUUUCCAACCCCAAAAAAGAGCAAGAGACCGCGAAUUCACUCGUGCCCGGAGGUAAUACUUAUUACACUUAUUUAAUUACGACGAGAACGAAUAUUCCAGAAUUUGGAUCCUCCGAAUUUAGUGUCAGGAGAAGGUUUAGGGAUGUAGUCACGUUAUCGGAUCGGUUAGCGGAAGCUUACCGUGGAUAUUUUAUUCCGCCGAGGCCGGAUAAAAAUGUGGUGGAAUCUCAGGUGAUGCAGAAACAAGAAUUCGUUGAGCAAAGAAGGGUUGCAUUGGAGAAAUAUUUGAGGAGGCUGGCGGAGCAUCCGGUCAUUGGAUUAAGCGAUGAAUUGAAGGUGUUUUUGCAAGUGGAAGGGAGGCUUCCAUUGGCGACAAGCACUGAUGUGGCUUCACGGAUGCUUGAUGGCGCUGUGAAGUUACCGAAGCAGUUGUUUGGGGAAAGUACUGCGGUGGUGGCGCCUCACGAGGUGGUGCAGCCUGCAAAAGGCGGGAGGGAUUUGUUGCGGUUGUUUAAGGAAUUGAAACAGUCUGUAGCAAAUGAUUGGGGUGGUUCUAAACCGCCUGUAGUAGAGGAGGAUAAGUUGUUUAUGGAGAAGAAAGAGUGGAUUCAUGAUCUUGAGCAGCAACUCAGCAAUGCUUCUCAGCAGGCUGAGGCACUUGUUAAAGCACAGCAAGAUAUGGGGGAGACAAUGGGAGAAUUAGGUUUGGCAUUUAUUAAGUUGACUAAGUUUGAGAACGAGGAGGCUAUUUUCAAUCCUCAAAGAGUACGGGCUGCUGACAUGAAGUGUUUGGCAACUGCAGCAGUCAAAGCUAGCAGAUUUUACCGAGAACUGAACGCGCAGACUGUCAAGCAUUUGGAUACGCUUCAUGAAUAUCUUGGGCUUAUGUUAGCCGUGCAUGGUGCAUUUUCUGAUCGAUCAAGUGCUUUAUUGACGGUACAAACUCUCCUAUCAGAACUAUCUACAUUGCAUUCGAGGGCUGAAAAACUUGAAGCUGCAUCAUCAAAAAUAUUUGGUGGUGACAAAUCAAGGGUACGCAAGAUAGAGGAGUUGAAAGAGACUAUAAGGGUUACUGAAGAUGCUAAAAAUGUUGCCAUAAGAGAAUAUGAGCGGAUCAAGGAAAAUAACAGGUGUGAACUUGAAAGGCUUGACAAUGAAAGACGUGCUGACUUCUUGAACAUGUUGAAGGGGUUCGUUGUAAAUCAGGUGGGAUAUGCUGAGAAAAUUUCAAAUGUGUGGGCAAAGGUUGCAGAGGAGACGAGUGGAUAUGCAAAAGAUAGUUCUUAAAUGUUUGGAUGUAUAUUCAAAUCCUCAGCCUUCACUUUCUCCUUUCCUUUUUAUAUUUUUGGUUAUUGCCCCCUCCCUACUAGGCGAUAGUUUUACAUUAGUAAUAAUGAAGAAAAUGGAGCGCUUUGGUUAGUUGUUUUUUUUAGCGCAUAACUUUUUCCCUCUUUAAUUUGUAUCUCAGAGAAAGGUUGUAGCACGACUGUUGCAUUUGAUUUGAUCCUGGAAAUUGUUUGUUACAACUUAUUUGAUAUUCUGGCAUGGCCUGGCCAGUGACUAAAAUUCCUGAUUUCUUGAUAAAUAGUGGUAUGGUGGCCCAAUAAAUAACAAUUUUUAUAUAGUUUCAUUAAUACAAUUCUCAAUGUAAAAGUAAAGAAUGAAGAAUCCACAUUUCAAAAAAAACAAAAAAA